GUCUGUUUCAACAUGUUUAUCCUCCAGCCUUUGUAAAACACACACUACACUUCCUGUCUUCUCCUUUUCAGUUGUUCAGACAAGGAAAAAUACAAUAAAAUGGGCGUGAAUUCUCCGCUGUCCGAGCCGGAGUUCGAUCUAAAUUCCAGUUUUGUCCCUGUCAACAUCUCGGAAUUUCUUAAGGAAAUUUCUGUGAUCACUGAUGUGUCCGAAAGAGCAAUGAAGAUGGACGAUUAUGUCCUUCAGUUACAAGAUGAACUCAACAAGGUUCAUGCCUUUAAACGUGAACUCCCCCUCUGCAUGCUCCUGUUAAAUGAUGCUAUUGAGAGAUUAAAGGAGGAGAAAAUGAAGUGCGGGGAAAUAGAGACUGGACCAUUGAUAGAGGAGUUUAUGACAUUAAAAGGUGGUAAAUCAGAUGAAAAUGGAGGGGUAAUAAAGUCAAUUGAUUGCAGUGAGAAGAAGAACUGGAUGAGUUCUGUUCAGCUUUGGAGCACUAAUGUUCAGUUUCACAAUUUUGGACAUGACUUUUUAUCCAACCUUAAAUCUAAGGUGAGAGAAGAGGAUGGAUCAAGAUCAUCAGGAGGAUAUGAUGAGACACGCGACAAAUUGCAAAGCAGUGGAGGGGCUUUUGUGCCAUUUAAGAGACAAUCUGGUCAGAUUGUCAAGGAAAAAAUUGACAAUUUGUUGAAGGAAAAGAACAAGACUUUACCUGUUAAUAAUCUUUCCUUGCGCGUCCCUAUGGUUGAAAUUGGUUCAAUUGAUAGGAAUUCUAAAGGGAACGUUAGAGGAACAAGUAGGUCUGAUUCAGCUUUACCAGAGCGGAAACGAAGGAGGUGCUGGUCGCCUGAGUUACACCGGAGAUUUGUCAAUGCACUUCAACAACUUGGAGGUCCUCAUGUGGCUACGCCAAAGCAAAUUAGAGAAGUGAUGCAAGUAAAUGAUCUCACCAACGAUGAAGUGAAAAGCCAUUUGCAGAAGUACAGACUCCAUGUUCGAAAAGUUCCAGCUGCUAAACUAAAUUGCCCUUGGUUCGGCCAAGAUCAACAUAUUAGCAUGUCGAAUUCAAGCAUUUCACAGUCUGGUUCACCAGAAGGCCCUCUAGGGUGUGGAAAAGGUGUGUCCACUACUGGCGGUGACAGCAUGGAAGAAGAAGAGAAAUCUGAAGGCCGUAAUUGGAAAGGUUCCUCAAACUAAUUGAGGACAGACUUUAGACGGAUCCAACCUUGAAUUUUGCAGAUACAUACAUAUAGAAAAUAUCAUAAAUUAGAAUAUAACUGAUAUCCUUCAUAAAGAGUCAGGGCGGAUUAAAGGUUUCUACCAGUAUUUUCUGGUCCGAAAGUAUUAGACAGUUGUGUUUGAAUUAACUUCUACUAAACGCGACAUUUUCUGUUUGUUUUUUUUUA